ACGUAGCGCUGCGGCGGCGGCGGCGGCGGCCGAGGCCGGGUCUGAGGAGCGGCCCUGAGGACAGACGUUGGGCAGGGGGGAGGGGCCGCCCGGCCGGCGGUUGUUACUCGAGCGCCGCGGCUACAGGCCCCCCGCCGCAGGGAUGGACCGCCGAGGCGGCGGUCGAGGCGGCGGCGGCGGAGGCGGCCGGCCCGGAUAAGAUGCUCCAAGUCCCUUGCAGUUCUCCUCAGAAGAAAAAUCACUAGUGCUCUGCUCUUGCCAUAAUACCAAACCUUUUUGACUUAUACUUUGGUGCUGCAACACUGGAAGAAUUGCACACAGGUUCCAGGAAUAACAUUUUUUAAAAAAUUUUAUUUGAGUGAUUCCUUGUGGAUGGAAAAAGAUUUGAGUCUUAUUUUAAUAAUUACUUUGUUUUAAAGCUAUUUCUCUAUAGUCUGAACUGCUUAAUAAAUUGGGCCACUUACCAAUGAGCCACACAGCCAGUUCUUGUCAAGAGCUGGUUGAAAACUGUGCUGUGCAUGUAGCAGGGAUGGCACAAGAAGAUAGCCGCCGUGGCCAAGUGCCAUCUACGUUUUAUCAUGGUGCCAACCAAGAACUUGACCUGUCCACCAAAGUGUACAAAAGGGAAUCAGGAAGUCCUUAUUCUGUGUUAGUGGACACCAAGAUGAGCAAACCGCAUCUCCAUGAAACAGAGGAAGAGCCAUAUUUCAGGGAGACGAGAGCAGUGUCUGAUGUGCAUGCUGUUAAAGAAGACCAGGAGAAUUCUGAUGACACGGAAGAGGAGGAAGAAGAGGAAGAAGUCUCUUACAAAAGGGAGCAGAUCAUAGUAGAGGUAAACCUUAAUAAUCAAACAUUAAAUGUAUCUAAAGGGGAAAAGGGUGUCUCUUCACAGUCCAAAGAGACUCCUGUUCUUAAGACAAGCAGUGAGGAGGAAGAGGAAGAGAGUGAGGAAGAGGCCACAGAUGACAGCAAUGACUAUGGAGAGAAUGAAAAGCAGAAGAAAAAGGAGAAGAUAGUGGAGAAAGUCAGCGUUACACAAAGGAGAACGAGGAGAGCUGCCUCUGUUGCCGCAGCUACCACUUCCCCUACUCCUAGAACUACAAGAGGUCGUAGGAAGAGUGUAGAGCCACCUAAGCGUAAGAAGCGGGCCACAAAGGAGCCCAAAGCACCAGUCCAGAAAGCUAAGUGUGAAGAAAAAGAGACUCUGACCUGUGAGAAGUGCCCCAGGGUAUUUAACACUCGCUGGUACCUGGAGAAGCACAUGAACGUUACUCACAGGCGCAUGCAGAUUUGUGAUAAGUGUGGCAAGAAGUUUGUCCUGGAAAGUGAGCUGUCCCUUCACCAGCAAACAGACUGUGAAAAAAACAUUCAGUGUGUUUCCUGUAACAAAUCGUUCAAGAAACUCUGGUCUCUUCAUGAACAUAUCAAGAUUGUCCAUGGAUAUGCAGAAAAGAAGUUUUCCUGUGAAAUUUGUGAGAAGAAAUUCUAUACCAUGGCUCAUGUGCGGAAACACAUGGUUGCACACACGAAAGACAUGCCAUUUACAUGUGAAACCUGUGGAAAAUCAUUCAAACGCAGUAUGUCACUCAAGGUGCACUCCUUGCAGCAUUCUGGAGAGAAGCCCUUCAGAUGUGAGAACUGUGAUGAAAGGUUUCAGUACAAGUACCAGCUGCGCUCCCACAUGAGCAUCCACAUUGGGCACAAGCAGUUCAUGUGCCAGUGGUGCGGCAAGGACUUCAACAUGAAGCAGUACUUCGACGAGCACAUGAAAACACACACUGGAGAGAAACCCUUUAUCUGUGAAAUCUGUGGCAAAAGCUUCACCAGCCGCCCCAACAUGAAGAGGCACCGCAGAACUCACACAGGCGAGAAGCCCUAUCCAUGUGAUGUGUGUGGCCAGCGGUUCCGCUUCUCUAACAUGCUUAAGGCCCACAAGGAGAAGUGCUUUCGAGUGACCAGCCCCGUGAAUGUGCCGCCUGCUGUCCAGAUCCCACUCACCACUUCCCCAGCCACCCCAGUUCCUUCCGUGGCGAACGCGCCCACAACCCCAGCCCCUCCCAUCAGUAUGAACCCCGUGAGCACUCUGCCCCCGCGGCCCAUCCCCCACCCCUUCUCGCACCUGCACCUCCACCCGCACGCGCACCACCCGCACCACCUUCCCAUCCCUCCCGUCCCCCACCUGCCCCCGCCGCCGGCUCUCUUUAAGAGCGAGCCUUUAAAUCACAGAGGCCAGAGUGAGGACAGCUUUCUGCGGCACCUGGCGGAGAAGAACGGCUCCGCACAGCACCAUUAACGUCGUCCCUAAGCGCGUUCUCUGGGGGUUGCGUUCCCACGUGCGAGCCGGCCGAGGGAGGGAGUCGGUGAGCGAGUCUGUAGUUCUCAGACUCCCCUCGGCCCCCACCAGGAGCUCUGUCAUUGCCUUGGUGAAUCAGCAGGUCCGAGGGAAUGAACACGACGACUACCUUGAGCUCACGGAGGGAACUGUCUUCUAAACCAGGGGAACCACCGAACUAAAGCCCAAUUUGCUUGCAUUUUCUGGUGACUUUUAUAAGUUUCAAAUACUCAGACUUGUGGAAUUUUAUAAUUUCAUAUCAGCUGAUGAGGUAUGCUUGCUUUUAUAUCCUGGACUUCUCCUCAAAGAGGGGAUAGGCCUGGUUUCCUUGUACUAAUCGGGAAGGCUGUGAGAUUAAUCCAGAGCAUUAAUUGUAUCACUGUGUAUGGUAAGGAAUUCUUUUCAGCUUUUGGUGCUGGCUACAGAGUUGAGCUGGCUAUGUUUCACAGUAUAUCAAGCAUUAUAGAGAAAGAUGGAAAUUUUCUUCUUUGUGUAGCUCUCCUAAUGCACUCUUUAUUUUACUACAGAAAUUAUUUUAGAGUUUUUGUAUAGACUUCUUUAGUAGUCUGUUUCUAAAAUGAAAUGUAUUUCAAUAAGCGGUGUAAUUUUUUCAGUGUAGCUGAACCUAUGUUGUAAAAUAGAAAAAAAUUUUAUAAUCAUCAAAAUGUGAUUCUUAAAGAUGCAUAUAACUCCUAUAAUUCAAAGUUAUUCUUACAUCCGUACAACUCAAAGGUGCUUCAAAGACUAGAUGUAUCUGAGAGGGUCUCCAGACCAGGUUACUGCAAAAAUGAGGUUUUGCUUUCAGAAUUUUGCAUAAGUAAUUGGUAGUUUUUAAAUCUCUGCUGAACACUCAAGUAUCUGUUAGACUCAAUGACAUGCUCCUGUCCCCUGAGUUCCAUUUGACUCACUUAGUGCAUUAAAUUAAAUGAUUUGCAAGGGGUUGGGUCUUUUCCAGGAAAGUCAACUAAAGCUUGCAUGUUUUAAAAAUUUGAGUAAGGCUGUUCACGGCCAAGAGGAGGAAGUAGUGGAGAUUGUUUCAUCUCAGUCACGUCUGUUUGUCACUUCCCUUAGGAACUGGUUCAUGUUUUUCUUUUAUGGGAUGACAAAUUGAAAUCUCUCAAUUUGAGGUUGCUUUAUUUUUCUAGAAUUGUUAUGAGAGAAAAAUAGUAACUAAAAUCACAAACAUGAUGUUGCUGAUAGUGGUUGAGAAAUUUGGGUGAGAAGAAAAGUUGGUUAUGAAUUUUAAAAUGUUAUUUAUAAAAUAUGGAUAUGUCUACAACUUUGAGCUAUUUUAACACGGUUAAAAUUGUAUUGAGGGAAAACUCCUAAGUUUUGCUGUCCGGUCUUCUGUAAAUAAUUAUGUGAUACCAGCAUUCUUAGGUGAUAAAGAGAGUUGCACCUCUAAUACCUUUAGGCAGGUUACUUUUUUAAGUUUGGGAAAUUUCAAAAGAGCAUGAUGAACCAAGAGCUUAUAGGAAAGGCUAGACAGAAGGGCUAAUAUAUUGAGUACAAUUAACUGAUCCAAUAUAUCCAGACUCAGUAUAGCUUAAAAUUUUAUAUUUCUUUAUCUCAAAGAACUGAGUUCCCAGGCUAGAUCAUUCCUCUAUCUUUUUUUUUUUUUUUUUUCCCCAAGAGAUGAGGUCUCCCUAUGUUGCCCAAGCCAGAGUGCAGUGGCUGUUCACAGGUGCAAUCAUAGCUCACUGCAGCCUUGAACUCCUAGGCUCAAGCGAUCCUCCUGCCUCGGCCUCCUAAGUAGCUGGGACUACAGGCACAAGCCCCUGCACCCAGUCAUUUUUUAAAUCUUGAAAUCUCUUCAUUUUUCCUUCCUCAGGCUGUUAAAUCAUUGCCUGAAUCAGAACCCUGGCUUUUAUUUAUUUUUAUCUUUAAUAUUAACUGUGCAGAUAUGCUUCAAGCACUUUUCUAGCUGAUUGACUCUGUGGUAGGAAAAAAUGGAACUCCUUCAAUUGAUGUUAAGUCUCUACUUUUAAAAUAUCACAUUCUCUAAUAGCUUUUUGGUUUAAUGUUUUUAAAUUUUCUCCUUCUGAUUUUGCCUGUCUUUUAUAAUGAGCAUAGGAAAAUUUUGGAAUAAGGCAGAAAAGUAUCUCAAGACAUAUUUUUCUUCGUGUUUUUGGAUGUAAGUUUUAAAGAAUGGUAUUUUUAAUAUUUGUAUACAUUGUUUGAGCACCCAGGUACCCAAGCCAAUAAGGAAAGCUAAUUCCUUGCUUAUGACUGUUAUAUCUUUAGUGGUUGUCUCCCCUAACCUCCACAAUCUCCUUAGCAUUCCAGAACAAGUUUGCAAAUCUACACUUUUAUAUAGACAUAUCAUUAUUUCAUGGUCAAGCCUGUAGUACUAAAAUGUUUUUUUUUUAAAAGAUGUAAAUUAUAGCUUAAUUGGUUACACCUUAUUUUAUUCUAAAUAAAUUUACAGUAUUGGGCAGCAAUUCUGAAUUCUAGACUUCAGACCAUUGAAUCAGCCAUUUCAUGAGGUGUACUAUAAUUAUACACUGGAAAAUUCAGGUAGUAAUUUUUAAUUUUUUUUCAAGUAAAUACAGCCAUAAGAAAAUAGCUGCUACACAGGAAAACCAGUAUUGAGCAAAUAUCACCACCAUCCUUAACAGAAGCAGAAAAGAAUUGUUAAAAAAAAAAAAAUAGCAUUGUCACACAGUACAAAUCUUAGUGAACUGUAUUGUGGAACAAUCUAGAAACUUCUCUUUUUUUUCCCCUAGAUAAGUAUACCUUCCCUGACUUGGGGAUUUGUGGUCUUCAGGAAAAUUGCUCAGAAUAUAAUGACUCCUUAUCAGUGUCCUAUUACAUAUGAAUAAUGAAAUGCAUUAAGAAUAUUCACAACAUUAAUACUUCUGAAUAUAAGAACUGUAGGAUUAAGCCUUAAACAUUUUGUAUCAGGUUUAACAUGCUUAAGACUCAAACUCAGGGUUGAUAAUUUGGUUGGGGUCCUGUACUGAGAUAAAAGUUGCAUUAUGUGGUAUGUUCUCUUCCACAUAUGCUGUAGCACCCCAUGAAUUCUUCAAAACUUAUUACCUACAUGUAUCUGUUUAUGAAAAAAAUUAUGGAGGAGUUUGAGUUCUCAGCCCUUAUCCAUACUUAUAUCUUUUAAAGACAACAAAUUGAGGGUGUUCCUCGUUACUUAAUUUUACUGUCUUCAAAGGCUUGAAUCAUUGCUAAGGUUAAGACUUAUUUGAAGAAAAUUCCCAAGGACUUUUUUCAGUUGGCAUUGCAUUUUUUGUGUAGUUUUUCGUUUGUUUUUGUUUUGUUUUCACUUUUCUAUUCGUGGAUUUGUCAUUCAAAUAUAAACUCUUCUUUAGCCUUAAUAAAAGGCUGCUGCUUUCUCAAAUUGAGUCAGAUAGGCUCAUACUGAGUUAGAUUUUUUAAUUUGAAUGAAGAAAAGAAGAUGAACAAUUUAAAGGCAUGCGGCUUCAUUUCUAAGUAUAUUUGUGAUUUGAUUCUUGUUUUUAGCAAGCAGGGGAGUUCUCUGCAAAGAAACUUACUGAAAGAAACCUUUACAAAUCAGUCACAUAUACUUUUAUGGUCUACCAUUUACAUUAACUGUUAUAAAUUAAUGACCGAGUGUGUGUACAUUACCACAGUUGUACUACUUUUUAAAAACUAUGUUUGCUGAAUGGACCUUUUUAUUGUGGUUAGAACUUUUCCUAUGAUUUGAUUGUCCCUACUACACUACCUGAAGGCAAAAUGCUCUGAAGAGAUGCUUGUAAACUGAAUUUUUUACUUCUUGAAAUUGUUUUCAGUUUUUUGUUUAUUGAAUGGAUAUGUAUGUUUAGUUUCAUUUUUAUUUCACUGGAAGUUUAAGUUUUGAGAAGGUGAAACAGAAAUAGAAAUCCAUUGCAGACAUAACAUGUUUACCCCAUCUUGCAGAUUUUGGUUAGUAAAACAGAAGGGUAGGUGGGUUUUAAUGUUAAAAAAAAAUCCUAAAAAACUAAAGUUAGAGAAACCCUUCUGUUUGAGCUACUGUAUAGAAAAGAUAACUUUUAUUGCAUCGCUGAUCCACACGAUGAAUAUUUCAAUGCUGUUCUAGACUAUAUGGGAAGUAUUUCAUGAAAAAGGGGGAUAAGUUACAUUUAAGAAUUUUAUCAGCUAACUACCAUUAAAAAAAUCACCUCAUUUGGAAUUCUUCAGACUAUAAAAUUGAGCAAAUAAAUAUUGGGUUUUAAUUUUCCUUUGCCUAAACCAAGAUAGGAAGUUUCCCAAAAGAUCACUUUUUCAGGAAUGAAAGGUCAUAAGCCACUAGAGGUAGUGGCAUUAUUAUGCAAUAACAACCUGCUCUUGUCAUCUGUAGCAUUUAUAAUAAAUAAUGAUGACCUUCCAACCCUGGACACUACCUCGAUGAAGCAAACCAGAGAUCCUCUCUACACUUUCUAUGGAAGCCAUAAAAGUUGCCAUCAAUAUAUCCACUUUCAUAGUUCUAUACUUUUAUACUCCCUAGACUUUUUAUAGACUUUAUGAUCAGAUCUUUUUGUCUUAGAGGAUAGGUUUUGCAAGAUUCAAAGGAAAAUCAAACUCCUUGGUUGUCCCAACUGUGAAGCUUUAGCUUCAGUAAAUUUGUUUAAGGAACCAGAUAACUAACUAACAUACUAUUUAUCAAAUUCUUUAUUUAAGUCAAAACUACUUUGCAGAGUUGCAUAUCUGGAAAGCAAACUUCUCUUUCUUGUUCCCUAGGUAGAAGAAGGUAUAUUGUCGUAAGAAACUACUCAUGAAGUGGCUUUCUUUCUACCUUGUUGCUCUGUGUAUUACUCGAUAAUAUAUGUAAUGUCACAGUUCCUGGAGUUGUUUUUAUUUCUUUGUAACAGAUGUGUGAGUAUACACCUCUCUAAUCUUCUAAUCUCACUGCAGCUUCAGUCUCUCUCACUCUGUUCUUGAGUGCCUUCAAAAAGCCAGCAUCCUGGAACAUUCUUUUCCUAGUCUAAAUCCUACCUCUGAUUAUUUCAUUCUCCAUGGGUAUUGGAAUCCACCCUUAUUCCAAUGAGUUUAACUCUAUAAACUAGCUAAAACGUUGGAAUUUUGAACGUAUUUCUGUUUCGUUCCUCCAUGUCAUUUUUAGGUUACAUUUUUAACUUUUAUUUAUAUCUUAUUUCUUUACAUAUUACAUCUUUAGUGUUGAAAGAGUUUAUCAUUAUUUUACUUUUUACCUUCUUUCCUUUCACCGGAAACUAGAUGUUCCUUUAAAAUUAAAGGCCGUCGAGUAUAUGUCUUUUGAGUAUUACUUUUUCUCAUCUGAAGUCUUCCUAAAUGCCUCGCCUUUCUGAUUAAGGGAUCCUGAAUGCUGCUGUUGCUGUGCCCUGUUCCUGCCUGCCCUCUCUCCUCCAUAAGCAUUUGGCAAGGUUGUACCCAUAAUUUUAGUCAAAUGAGCUUAAAACCGCUCUCUGGGUUUAUUGAAAGUCCUUUAUUCUUGAUCUGCCUCUCUCAUCCCCUGUCCCUCAAACACCUCUAUUUACUUUCUUUUCUAGUUGUUUUCAUCUAAUUCAUUUUUAAAGUAUGAUUGAUACAUAAUAUAUGAAGGAUGUAAUAAAAAGAGGGUCACAGUGUUUUCCAUGUGAUAUGAGCAUCUCCAUGAUAAAACAUUUUAGCAAUUGGCUAGUCUUUCAUAGCCAAGAGUGAAGUUUGUGCUGUGUACUAGUCUCUUGCUUCCUUUCAAUUCUCCUUCAAAACUAAAAAAAAAAAAAGAAAUCUUUAAAAUGAGGAAAUUGGAUUGCAUUUUUUUAGGUGAAUGAAAGCUAUUGAAUAUUUUGGCCUUAGUCAAAAUGUUUCCUUUCUGACUUAAAAUCUCAUGACUCUUUCCUUAAAGUUGAUAGUACUCAGGUUUUUAAGACUAACUAAUAACCACACAAGAUGGGAGUCUAAGAAGGCAGCUGUUAUUAAAUUCUUAAUCUUUUUUGUCUGGUGACAUUAUGUUAUUGGUGAGACAGCACAGAAUUGUGAGAAUUGGUUACGUUUGAUAAUAAAUUCAAGACAUUUGAAGACUUCACUGGCUAUUUGGAAUGGGAAGACUAGUUUACAAAAUGAGAAAGGUAGAUUUCUGUAUUACAGAAAUCAGUAACAAGGGUUUCUCCUUGUUUUAAAUACCUUUCACUUAAUUUGCCUUGAUGUUCCCCAUUAUUGACUUAGAAGUUUGCCUCUUCGGUAGUAACCGGCUACCUCUAAAGUAUCCACUUUAAAAUUUGUAGCUUUUCUCUUCAGAGUCCCAGGCAAUAAAACAACGGAGAGCCAUACUUGCUUGUCACUUGGAGGAACCACGCCCUCUGAGGCAGACUGCUGUCUUGCUCCAGGUCUUCAGUGGGAAACACUUGGCACAGUGUCAAAGGGAGCCCUUCCGCCUGAGAAGUGUUCCCAUAGCUUGCUACUUAUAGGUUGCUUUCACACUACUUUAGCUUCUCUGGUGAGAUCAGGGAUGUUACAAACUACUUGAAAACAAUUUUGGGGACAUGUAGGAAAUGGGGAUGGGACAAGAAGGGGUGGAAGCUGAAUUUUGCUUAAGGAAAAUCAGAAGGAAACUGAUGCUUGCAUUGGCUACUUGUGAUCGACUGAAGAGCCUGUCUCUGUACUGGCUGUGCCAGAGAAUCAAGUUUCUUUAAAUACCCACUCCUCUGAAUGAACAGAGCUUCCUCCCUACCUGUCUUUUACUGGUGAAAAGGGACUAUGUGAUCAGAAGGACAGAGGCUGCAACUCACACCCUGCAUAGGACACAGACUGUGUUUCACUGCAUUUGAAAGUUGGUGGGAAUUAUUUUAGUCUCCUAGAACUCCUGAUCCUCCUAGAAAUAUCUUUUCAUGCUUGAUUAUUCAGUGCAUUAAUUUAAAAAGAAACAGUAUGGCACAAUUUUGGUGUUUACUUCUUGAGUUGUAUUACUUCUUGAGUUGUAUCCCCAAGGGUAUAUGCGUAGCUUCUGAAAAUCAGAUGAAUUCUUCUCUUCCAUAAGGUUGAAUGUGCAUUUAAUUCACUUCCUGACAUGGGCUGUGUGGUUCUGUUCCAGCAGCAGUUCUAGCUUUGUCCACCAGGGGACGAUAACGUACUUUGGCUUCUUUAUUCCUGCCCUUCUAAAGAUCCUGCUUGUAAGUCUCUUUUGGAAUAUCCUCUCUUGGCUCAAUGUUUAUUUAUAUAUUUUGAUUAUUUAAGAAAUUUUCCCUUAUUACUAAGUCCAGAAGUUCUGCAGCCCUCAUGAUGCAAGCAAAGAUUGAUGUGAGGAUCUGGUCCUUGUGGGUCAGGCAUCUUAAUUAGCCUUUUUUAAUAUUAGUGACCCAAUAUUGAAAGACAGGACCUUCCCAUGGGGGAUCCAUUGUAUGCUAAAUGCAGAGUAGCAAGGUGACCCUCAUUUCUUUCUUCCACAUCCCACCACCAGCACAGGACCAUCCCAUCUCCGAGAGGGACAAGAGGGGCAGGGGAGCUCUGGAGUUGGGAACUGCUCGCCUUCUCUGCUGCAGAGGAUAUCCGUUAGGGAGCAUGUCCUCCACCGAGAUCCCACAUCCUGACCUGUGCAGCAGGCACCCCUCCAGGCUCGAAUUCGGUCUGUGCUCCUUCUGCCAGCUACUUGUCUUAGGGUUCCUAGCCCUCAUCAGCUCUGUCACCAUGAGUUUUGUUUACCGCAGCAUCUUCUUCACAACAAACAGGUCGUGAUCAGCUAAGGGGAACACCAGACUAAAUAUUUCCCUGUAGAGCCAGGAGGCAUUUACAUCUGGAACGGCCUUCUUAACUGACUUCUGCCUGGCCUCUUUUCCUCCGGUCAAAUCUGAACCUGAGCAAUACCAGAUACACAUAGUGGUGUCUACCUGUAACUCCAACACUUGACAAAAAAUAAACAAAAAAAAAAACCUGAAGCUGUGAUUGGUUCAGGUAGCAGGUGGCCAGGUGCAACUUGUUUGUUUUUAUUUUUGUUUUCCCCAACAGUACUGAAAUCACUUGCACUUUUCCUCAUUUCUUAAAAGGAAAUCCAGUUUGCUUGCCAGGAAUUGUUUAGCGUUAGGUUUACAAAGCUUGUUAUUGAAUGUUGAAUAUUUGUCCAAAGGAGUUUGACAAAAUAGAAGCUGCUUGGUCCCUGUUCUGCCUGCUAGGUCAUAAGGAUUAAAGCCACGUGGCUGGGGUACUUAUGUCAAGUCCGGAAUGGGGCAGUGUCCCUCUCCUACCUCUCUGCGGAGACGCAAUUGAAGGUCAAGUUGGACUCAGUGUAGAGCAGUGAUCUGUCAUGCUGCAAAGAAGUUUAAAGGGGUCUUUUGGUUGGGGAGGCGACAAGUACGUAGGACAGGAUCUCUUAAGAUGGGAAAGAUAUCGGGGAGGGGAGGGUUGCUUGGCCCCAGGGAACUGCAGGGGAGUGGACCCGAGCUGCAUGCCUGAAUCUCCAGACUAGCCCACGCUGCCUGGCUUCCCUGAGUCACCUUCUUUCCAGCAUCCUGUCGGAUCCCUCAUUGUACUGAUUUUCCCCCUCGUGUUAACUAUACCAAUAUUAUUUUUUUAGCAAUUGAAAUGCACUUUUUUAUUUCAACUCAAUCAUGAUUUUAAGUAUAAAGAAUUUAUAGAUUGUUAAAACUACUUUUUUUGUGUGUAUUUUUAACCACUCAAUGUAGCAUUGUAUAUUUUAUUCUUGUGAGACUCUGGUACAAGGUGUGCCGCUUAAUGAUUUUUCCAAGAUGCUGGGCCUUUGGAUGUGUACGGUAACCAACUUAAUGCUAAUGUUCAAAGUAAAAAAAAAAAAAAAAAAGCAGCCAUAA